AUGGAACAGAAAAAUGAGUUACUCUUAUUUAUUGAAGUAGCUUCGUCUAUUCUUUUAUUUUGGAUAUGCCUUUUCAACCAUGAUGCAAACAUUUUUAACAAAUUGUUGGAUAAGAACUGCUAUCCCUGUGAAAAAUUAGAUACAAGAAAUUGUAGAUUACUAACAAAAUAUAGUAGGGACAAAAUUUCAGAUGUUGCAGAUUUUAAAGCAAAUAUAUUACAUAAUAGAGAAUAUGAAAAAAAAAAUAUGUAUAAUAAUGAAAAAGGAGUCAAAGGAAAAAUACAGGAAUAUAAUAGAAAUUCGUUAAGCAAAGCUCAAUUCUAUACAGAAGUUAUUGAUUUUAAUAAUGGAAUGUUUGAUGGAAAACAUUUCCAUUUUGAAAAAAAAUGGAUUAAAAAAAAAGAUUAUGAACAUUUUCUUGAAAAAAAAAGGAGAAUGUGUGCUGUAGCUUUAAAAAAAAUAAAAUUUAAAAAUUAUGGAUAUAUAGUUGCUAUGUUUAUCAUUUUUUACUUGUUUGCAAUAGGAAUACCCUUAUUAGGAAAAUUAGAUUUUUUCAAAAAUGGAUGGAAAUCGCUUGAAGUUGGUAAUUUAUGGAAAAUUAUGUGUGAAUUUGUGGAUGGGUGGGAAAAAACAGCAAAUGGUUAUAUAUUUUUAACAUUAUUUGGUGUACUUAUAGUUAUAUCAAUUAUUUUACUUGUAACAGGAAUUUGUAAGAUCUUAAGUAAUAAUGAAAAAUAUAAUAAAAUUAAAUUGAUUACCGAGUAA